UCAUUAUCCGUUGAAAUAAAUUCAUUUGCCACGCGAAACCGGUUAGAUCAGCUAAGCAUGUAGGCAACCUGCACCUCCCAAGACAUUUCACUCUUCUUAUCGAUAGGCGGGAAAUACAUGGUGGUGCUGAUGAUAGUUGAAUGACAGGUAUACCGCUUCGUUCGCCUUUUUCGAAGCGUUAUGGGAGGCGGGGGUCACCCAUUGCUUUGUGAACUUGGGAUCUGAUCACCCAAGUAUGAUAUGGCUUUUAUUUUUCAUCUCUCGGUUGUGUGAGGGCAUGUGAUUGAUGACCUGGGGAUGGCCACAGGUAUUCUCGAGGCGAUGGUAAAGGGGAAACGCGAGAAGCCCCAUAGUUUCCCGGAGUUUCUUACUUGCCCAAAUGAGGUAAUUGCUUAGGCCUAUGGCCGAGGGUUGGGUUAUUGAAGGUCUAAUCGGGGGAUUCUAGAUGGUCGCUUUGUCCGCAGCUCAUGGAAUGGCGCAAGUCACUGGAAAGCCCCAGGCUGUUAUUGUUCAUGUCGACGUAGGGACACAGGGUAGCCCCGCCCAACCCAGCCAUUCCUCUAGAGUAGCAUCUUGUUGACGCAGCAUUGAAGGUCUCGGAGCUGCCGUUCACAAUGCCUCGUGCGGCCGGGUUCCUGUCCUCAUAUUUGCCGGUCUCUCGCCCUUUACACUGGAGGGCGAAAUGCGCGGUAGCAGGACAGAAUUCAGCCAAUACAACCAGGAUGUGCCGGAUCAGAAGGCGGUAGUAGCGCAGUACUGCCGCUACUCUGCUGAGAUCAAAACUGGAAAGAACAUCAAGCAGAUGGUCAAUCGCGCAUUGUCCUUUGCCAUGUCUGACCCCAAAGGCCCUGUGUACCUCACUGCUGCAAGGGAGGUUUUAGAAGAGGACAUUGAACCUUAUAGUCUUAACCAGGCUGUCUGGGACCCUAUUGGCCCUGCAGCCCUCACGGGGGAUGCCGUGAGCAGAAUCUCGCAGAGUUUAUUGUCCGCUGAGAAUCCGUUGGUUAUCACCGGCUACUCCGGGCGGAGCAAAGAUGCAGUUCAGGAACUGAUCACGCUGGCCGAUUCCGUACCUGGAUUGAGAGUGUUGGAUACAUUGGGUAGUGAUAUGUGUUUCCCGGCGAAUCACAGGAGUUCACUAGGUCUCAUGUAUGGCCCUCAUGAGAAGAUCUCCACGGCGGAUGUGAUCUUGGUGAUUGAUUGCGACGUUCCUUGGAUCCCUACCCUGUGAGUUUUCCUUCAUCACUGCUUUAUGUUAUUGGGCUUACAUGAAUCUGCUGGCAGGUGCAAGCCAUCUCCCAGAGCGGCGGUCUACCACAUUGAUGUGGAUCCGCUAAAACAGCAAAUGCCCCUUUUCUACAUUGACGCGGACGCUCGCUACCGCGCCGAUGCAUGCACAGCGCUAAAACAAAUAAACACUCACACGUCAGUAAUGAAAAUGGACGCAGCCACCCGUUAUGCGCGAAUUCAGGUGCUAGCGGAUGAACACGAGGCGCGCAUGGCCAGACUAGAGCAGCAGGCAAAGCCCCGCGACGACGGACUGCUAUCCUGCGCGCAUGUGAUGAAAACCCUCCGAGACGCUAUUCCUCAAGACUCAGUCAUCAUAUUAGAAGCAGUCACCCAGACUGUCACAGUGGUAGAUCAAAUGAAGUGCUCACUGCCAAAGACUAUAUUCGGUUCCGGCGCCGGAGGGCGUAUGUCCCCCCUCCCCUCUCUACUGUUAGCGUAGAAGCUGACACUAUCAUACCCAGUUGGCUGGUUCGGCGGGGCCGCUUUAGGUGCAAAGCUCGCCCUCGACAACGGCACCCCCAACUCUGGCCCAUUUGUCGUAGCAAUAGUCGGUGACGGCACAUUCCUAUUCUCGGUGCCAGCAUCAGUGUACUGGAUCUCCCGCCGCUACAGGAUCCCAUUCCUAACCAUCGUUAUCAACAACGAUGGCUGGAACGCUCCGCUACGAUCCGCGAAACUGGUGCACCCGGAAGGGCUCAGUGCGCAUGCCACGCACGAGGAGUUGAACAUUAGCUUCAAGCCUGGUCCGGAUUAUGCCGGUAUCGCGGUUGCGGCGGGCGGAGGGGAUAUUUGGGGCGGGAAGGCGGAGAAGGCGGAGGAGUUGGCUGGUGUCCUGGGAGAGGCGAUCGGGGUUGUGAAGGCGGGGAGGAGCGCCGUUGUUGAGGUUGUUAUUGUUUAGACGUGGUAUUGUGGGGGUUAUGAUUUUGCACACAUUUAUUAUGUAUUUAUGGGCAAGUGGUGGGGGGGUUGGGUAUCGUGGUUGGGUUAGAUAGUGCUGAGGUUGGCAGUGUACCGUUAGUCUCCGGUUCCUAUUAAUGGCUGGGAGUGGGGAUUGGAACCACUCUGGUAUAUAUUGUACCUAUAUGCAUUAGCCCCCGACCCCUCCAACGAGUAUG